GCCGCUUGCUGUGGUCCCCCCUGCUGGCCGCUCUCCCCCCUCCCCCUCCUUCCUCCCAAAGAACCCAUCACAGGCAAGCGACCACGUUUAAGACCCCGCGCUUUACUGUGCUCUGCUCUGCCAUGUCCGCAUUUUCUGCUGCCCAUUGCGCAACGGCCUGUGCAUCGGAGUGUGGGCGACUGUGGUCGCGAUGCUACUCGCCGUCUUGGUUCUGGACAAUUACCGCUCGCGAAAUGUCGGCUAACAUAACACGUACAGCUCAAUGAGGACCUCCCGCACAUGGUCCAGGGUGUUUUCUCCGACCAGAUUGACCUCCAGAUUCAAGCUACCACCAAAUUCCGCAAGCUCCUCUCCAAAGAGCGCAACCCCCCAAUCGAAGAGGUCAUCAAGACUGGCGUCGUCAGCCGUUUCGUCGAGUUCCUCCGGUCCCCGCAUACGCUUGUGCAGUUUGAGGCCGCCUGGGCAUUGACCAAUAUCGCGUCCGGCUCGGCCACCCAGACCCAGGUUGUUAUCGAGGCUGGCGCUGUGCCCAUUUUCGUUGAGCUUCUUGCAAGCCCCGAGCCCGACGUCCGCGAACAGGCGGUAUGGGCGCUGGGCAACAUUGCCGGCGACAGCCCCCAGUGCCGCGAUUACGUUCUCGGCCAGGGUGCUCUGCGGCCUUUGUUGACCCUCCUUGGCGACAGCCGGAAGCUUAGCAUGCUUAGAAACGCCACCUGGACCCUAAGCAACUUUUGUCGCGGGAAGACGCCUCAACCCGACUGGAACACUAUUGCUCCCGCCCUUCCCAUCCUCGGAAAGCUUGUCUACUCUCUCGACGACGAGGUGUUGAUUGAUGCCUGCUGGGCCAUCUCCUAUCUGUCGGACGGGUCCAACGACAAGAUCCAGGCCGUCAUCGAGGCGGGCAUUCCCCGCCGUCUGGUGGAGCUUCUCAUGCACGCCUCGACGUCGGUUCAGACACCUGCCCUUCGUUCGGUUGGCAACAUCGUUACCGGUGAUGAUGUGCAGACACAGGUUAUCAUUAACUGCGGCGCCCUUCCCUGUCUGCUCUCUCUGCUGAGCUCUAACAAGGACGGGAUUCGCAAGGAAGCUUGCUGGACCAUUUCUAACAUUACGGCUGGGAACUCGGCGCAGAUCCAGUCGGUCAUCGAUGCCAACAUCAUUCCUCCGCUGAUCCAUCUUCUUUCUAAUGGAGAUCUCAAGACGCGGAAGGAAGCGUGCUGGGCCAUCAGCAACGCCACCUCUGGCGGCCUGCAGAAGCCCGAGCAGAUCAGGUAUCUGGUUUCGCAGGGUUGCAUCAAGCCGCUGUGCGACCUCCUGGCCUGCCCCGACAACAAGAUCAUCCAAGUCGCCCUAGACGGCCUCGAGAACAUUCUCAAGGUUGGAGAUCUCGAUAAGCAGGCUGCCGGCGACGGCCCCGACUCGAUCAACCGCUACGCCCUCUUCAUUGAGGAGUGUGGUGGCAUGGAGAAGAUCCACGACUGCCAGACGAACGCGAACGAGGAGAUUUACAUGAAGGCGUACAACAUUAUUGAGAAGUACUUUUCGGACGAGGAGGAAGCUACCGACGAGGCCAUGGGCCAGGCGCAGCAGUUUGGCUUCGGCGCCAAUGGCGCCGGUGCUCAACAAGGCGGUUUCAGCUUCGGUGCCAAUGGUACCGAGUCUAUGGACAUGUAGAGCCGUUCUAGCCAUGAGACCCUGCACCUCGGCCACGACGCCCCAUGGCGGGUACUUGAGUCGGAAAUGACAGACAAGGAGAGAUAGACUUGAGACAACCUCGACUUGCUGUUGACUUCUG